AUGGGCAUCAAGGAUCUCAUGAAAUGGGUCAAGAAGACCCAUCCUCGGGUAGUGACGCAGUAUCCUAAGCGUUGGGCGUCGGCCGAACUCUGCGGGAAGCGAGUGGCAAUCGAUGGGACGCUGAUGACCAACCGCUUCCACUUUGGAGAACAUGAUGUGACGGCACGCGGUGCGCGCGGACUCCUGGGGUGGUACACUAUGAUCCGCGAGAUGCAGGCGCACGGUGUACGCCCUAUCGCGGUGUGGGACGAGCGAGGAGACCGGGCAUGGAAGGCACCAGAGGCUCGGCGGCGGCUAGAAACGCGAGCGCGUAACCUCGCCCGUCAGAUGCACGAGACGCAGCGGGGCGCACGCAUAUCUAGAUUGCGUGACGCGUUGGUGGCCUAUGGUGCGAUGAGUGUGCGCGAACAAGCUUUCCUAGCGGCAUGCUGGGACGCAGGGUUAGUUGCCACAGAGGUGCGGCCGCCCGAACCCACAAGCGACGUAGAGUUCACCGAGACAGUUGUGGCGAUGGCCCUCGCGGUCGGUCAUAUGGCUGCACGCAUAGCCGAACUGGCGGUCCUGUACGAGGAGUACCUUAUCGACUCGAAGCCGGUGCUUCGUCCACCGUCGAGUGAGCACCCAACUGCCGACGCGUUCGAAGAGGAAGAGGAAGAGAUCCGGCGCCUCGCUGGCGACACAGAACCCCACGGCAAGGCGGUGGUUGCAGCUGCCGAUCUCCUGUCGGACGAAGAGGGAAUCGCAGUCCUCGACGCACGCCUCCGUUGCCUCCCGGCUGCAGAGUACACCGAGACGCCAAAGCAGCGCGACCUGACAGAACGCGAGGCCGAGGUGUACGACCUUGCCUUCAGAGGCGACGUGUCCACCGCUCUCCGCGAAUUGCGUGACGUCGAAGAUCGCAUGCCUCGUGUCGCGGACAUUUACGAUCGCGCGUUAGCCAUUCCCAGGGAGUCGCACCACGCCGCAUGUCGAGAGUUGCUGCGACGCAUGGGCGUGCCGAUUGUGUUUGCACACGUUCCAUACGAGGCCGAGGGGUUGUGUGCCGCCAUGGCACUGUCAGGCAUAGUCGACUUUGCGGGGACCGAGGAUUCAGACGUUGUUGCAUAUGGCGGGCCGCUGUUGAGGAAUCUCACGUCGGCAAGGGAUCCGCUCACUUUGGUUGAUGGCGCGCAGCUUUCCAAGGACGUACCACUCACAAGGGAAGCGUGGCGCGACUUUUGCAUUCUCCUGGGCACGGACGCGAGCCCGCGUAUUUACCUCGUGGGGCCCAAGACGGCGUACAAGCUUAUUGAGAAGUGGGGCAGCAUCGAGCGUAUCCUCGAGCACAACCCGGAGCUAGCGGAGCGCGUCGAGCCCGACUUUAUGGAGCAGGUCGACAACGCGCGGCGCGUCUUCACCGAGCUGCCACCCAUCGAGAGCGUACCUGACGUACAGGGUCAGCCUGAAGAGGAGGUCGCCGCGUGGAUGAGUGUGAUGGGCGCCAGCAUACCAUCCAGAUGGUUGUGGGGAUCUGCGGAUCAGCAGCGAGAGCUUGAGGUGUGGAAUCGGGGGCUGGACCGGCGUGCGGGUAUGCGUGAAGGGGUGAUGGCGGACGCUGGCGACUUUGGGGCCGAAGUGUGGGAGAGCACAGAGAUGACCAAGCCACCAGCCGUACCUGCCUGGGACGACGUGCGGUGA